AUGGCCUCGGGCUGGUUCGGAUCCAAGGCAAUCGAGCUUGUCAGGGCUCGAUCGCUCUUCGUCAACGUCUCUCCGACCCCGACGAGCCUGUCCGAACGCCGCGCCGUCUUGCACGCCCUCAAGCGACACGGCUCGAUUGAGAUAUUCAAGAGGCUUCCGAGCCCCGAGACCUUUGUCUGCGCCCCAACCAAGACCGAAGUCGCGACGGAGCUGGUCAAGCGCAGCCCACUGACCUUCAGAUUCGUCUCCGAGACGCCCGAGUCUGUCGAGGAAAAGGCCAAACCUGGCAUACAUCCGACAAGUGUCGCAUCGCCCAUGCAAGUACACGAGGACAAGGGUAACAGCAGCACCAGCGUGGCAAACUCCACCGAGCCGCGAGGGUCCGGCAUCGUCAAGACCUUCACGGUACGCAUCAACCCCAGCCAGAGCUACUACGAGCACAAGAAGAACAUCAGGCUGUCGCCGACGCACGGCGCCUGGCCCAAGACACACACCGGCCGGGAAGACCAGGACUUUGUGUACUUUGCCCUCAAGGACGUCGUCCCGAACAACAUCGCCCAGGAGGGCCUGUGCGAUUGGCACACGGGGAGCCAGCUGUCUGGAGAGUCGGCGUCGAUGAGGGCGCAGGCGGCAGACGCAAGGCUCUGGCACAUCAAGGAGCGCCAAAUGCGCAAGCGGAACAAAGCACAGGGCACCCAGGCCCAUCUCGGCGGCGACCUCACGGCCGUGACGAGCCUGGGAGCCCUGGGCGGAUCUACAGAUGAGGCCCGGCGGGAAAGGCCGGUGUCUGGUCUUCAGCGUGGUACCGGGGCCGACUCGACCAACGAGACCGGGUCAGCGACUACUCCGACGCCGGCCUGGAUUCGGCGCGCGCAGUUUAGCUUGAAUCCUCUGGCAGACGGGAAACAUCACAAGAUUUCCAAAAGGAUAGGCCACCUGGGACAGCGGUAUGAAUGGAAGUCAGUCUUCAAUAGAGAGGCAGACACUGUCAAUCUGCCGGAAACGCCAAGAGAGCCCCUGGACGGCAAGGGAUGA